UGUGGGAUUAAGCGCGUAAACGUGCCAUCUCUGGACACGUCAUGCUAGCGGAAGACUAAAAUCGUCUGCGCGUGCGUCCCACUGUCUUCGUACUUUUGAGGCUCGAACCAGCGGACGAAGAUGAGGCUGCUCUGUGUUUUUGCUCUGGUUGCUGUGGUGGGUCUGGUGGCAGGAGAAGAAGGGGCUCGUCUGUUGGCUUCCAAAUCUCUGCUGAACCGAUAUGCUGUAGAGGGACGAGACCUUACCCUGCAGUACAACAUCUACAAUGUGGGCACCAGUGCUGCCCUAGAGGUUGAGCUGUCCGAUGACUCGUUCCCCCCUGAAGAUUUCGGCAUUGUCUCUGGAAUGCUGAAUGUAAAAUGGGAUCGUAUUGCUCCUGCCAGUAAUGUUUCUCACACAGUUGUUCUGCGGCCACUAAAGGCUGGAUACUUCAACUUCACCUCAGCUUCCGUCAGCUAUCUGGCCCAGGAGGGUGGACAGGUCGUGGUUGGUUACACAAGUGCUCCGGGUCAGGGAGGCAUUCUCGCCCAGAGAGAGUUUGACAGACGCUUUUCUCCACAUUAUCUGGACUGGGCAGCUUUUGGUGUCAUGACCCUUCCCUCCAUUGGCAUUCCUCUGCUCCUGUGGUACUCCAGCAAGAGAAAGUAUGACUCACCGAAGAGCAAAAAGAAUUGAGUUAUCUAAUACAAGACAAAAACAGAUCAGGGAUCAUUGUGGGAAUGGGGGGGGUGGGCAUUAAAGAGAAUUAUGGUGGGUGGGAGUUGAGAAUGUUGUUUUUGAAUAAAUUAAUUACCCAUAUUGGGGUAAAUGGUCAAUGAUUUAAUAUGAUUUGUUUUUAAGUGAUGUUGGUCUUCAUCAGAAAAUUAGUUAGAGGCAUAAGCAAAAAGGAGGAUCACCAACUGCAUUUGGUAUUUAAAAUGGCCAUUCCAGGGUGGCUUCAGGUGCACCAUUUUAUUUUAGUUUUCUUCUUUUCUUUUUGUACUGAUUCUCAAAUGCUACAUGCUCAGACAUACUAAACAGAACUGUUCAGCUCUUCAUGAUCAACAUGGGGCUUGUUUGUGGAAAUAAAAGAGGGUUUUACAGA